AUGACAGGUAACUGGUACGAUAACUUAUCUAACGGUAUCAAGGAUGAUACUACUGCUAUUUGGUCAGCUUUCACUGGAUCACACACUAAUCAGGAGUCAUCUGCGGGUGCUAGACGCGGGUCUGACGUCAUGUCAGUACUUUCAGAGACUAGCACCACUGACGACAGUGUCAAUGCUCCAAAGACGAUUUUCAAUCGUGGUUUCGGUGAUAUUGAAAGACAAAAAGCUGUUGCAAUUAAUGAAUAUGAUACUGUUCAUCGUAAAUAUACAGAUUUGAUGAACAAAAUUAAACAGAAUGCAGAAACAUCUGGUUUCAACGAUCAAGUGGAAAAGCUGGAGAAACAAUUGGCAGAAAAGAAAACUCAAUUGGAUCAAGCCUCUGAAAAAUUUAAUAGUUAUAAAGAUGCAAAUUUCAAUAGACUCACUGAUGCAAUCACCCCAAAUAAUGGUUUGAAGAAGAAUGUGGACCCAGAUAUUGUCGCUGGACAAAGUGUUUAUGGUUGGGGAGAAACUGCUCAACAAUUAGGACAAGAAGCAAUUGAGGAAAAUUUAAAUUUAACGAAUGAUAAGAACGAAAGUUCAUCUCAAGCUCAAAAAAGAUUGGAUGAAUUGAAAAAAUUGACUAAAAAUGGUUGGUUUACAUUUAAUGAUGAACAUGCCACUGAAGAGCAAAAGAUGGCAGAAAAUGCAGCAAAAGGAUUACGUGGUUGGGGUGAAUCUGCUCAAGAAUUCUCUCGUGAAGAAUUGCAAGAUUUGAAAGAACAAAUGGGUACAUUAAAACAAUCAAGUUCAGGUCAUUUAGAUGAAGCAAUUAAGAAAUUAAAUGAUGCAGAAUUGAAUUUAAAAGAAUCUCAAAGUUCUUGGUGGUCAAAGAAAAAUGAAGAUUCAAAUAUUCAUGAAAAUGCUGUGAAAAAUUAUGAAUUAGCUAAACAUGAAUAUGAUCAAGCUAUGAAAGAUUUUGGAACUUUUGAAAAUAAAGUGUCUAAUGGUAUUCAAACGAAGUAA